GCGACGAACGCCCGCGCCGCUCCCGCGAAGCCUCCCGAGCGUGCUCGAACUAACAAACCUCGCUCCACUAUACAAUGACUACAUGUGAAAAUUGAACGGAACUUUCAAAGUUUUCAGUACUUUUUAAUUUGAGUGACUUGCGACAGUGAGUGAGGAAAUCUCAGAGCUUAGCAGAUUUCCCGCCCAAGCAUGUCCCGGCACGUCCUCCUGUCCCGGCUGGCGGAGCAGUUCAAGCCGUCGUCGCCUCCGCCCGCGCACAGGUUUCCGUCCCCCGAGCGCAGUGUGUCGCCUCACACGCCCACCUCGCCGCGCUCGCCACCGCACUCGCCGGACUCUCUCGCACAGCAUCGGCUGGAUCUUCUGCAGCUGGGAGAUAUUGAAAUAGCUGGGCGAGCGCUGAAACAGUACGCGCGCGCUACUGAACUAGGAGCGCUGAUGUACUGCAGCGGCCUGGGCGCCCUGUACGGCGGCGCGGGAGUAUGGCCGCUGCUGCUGCCGCGAGCGUCCCCUCACUUCCCGCACGCGCUUGACCCCGCCAGGCACACGCCGCCUAGAGACGAUGACGAGGAGGAGCUGCCAUUGAAUUUGUCGACUAAGAACCGCCAAAUAUGGUCUCCGGGGAGCGCGUGCGAGCGCGAGCAGGACGCGGAAUCGCCGGGCGCGCGCUGGGAGCUGGACGACGGCGACGCGCCGCUCGAGCUGGUCAAGCGCUGCCGCAGCACCCCCGAGCGCGACGACCGCGACCCCGCCGAGCCCCGCCGCUGCCCCUCCGCGCCCCUCCACCAGACCUACCCCCUGCCACCCCCGCCGCAAGACCACUUCUCGCUCCUCAUCAAAAACGAAAACAAAAACGAAAAGUCAUUCCAGUGCAAGCAAUGUGGCAAGUGCUUCAAGCGCUCUAGCACGCUGUCCACGCACCUGCUCAUCCACUCGGACACGCGGCCCUACCCCUGCCAGUACUGCGGCAAGCGGUUCCACCAGAAGUCCGACAUGAAGAAGCACACCUAUAUACACACGGGUGAGAAGCCCCACAAGUGCGUGGUAUGCUCGAAAGCCUUCAGCCAGAGCUCGAAUCUGAUCACGCACAUGCGCAAGCACACCGGUUACAAGCCUUUCUCGUGCGGCUUGUGCGACAAGGCUUUCCAGCGCAAGGUGGACUUGCGUCGCCACAGGGACUCUCAGCACUCGGACGCGGCCGACGCGCCCCUCACCACCAUACCCCCGCCUCACCGCUACAGAUUUUACGGCGACGAAUCUGCCCCUCUAACACCCCUGAUCACUAACUGAGCUAACACACUAUCACAAGCUGGUAAAAACAUCCCACAACACUAUGUUGCCAUUUCAGGUUCUUUAUUUUGUGUGCUGUCGUAGAGAAUUUGUAGCAAAUCGAAGAAUGUUAGUAAGCACAUUCUCGCCUAUUCACCAACUUUUUCACAAUAUUUUUAGUAGAGUGCCAUUCAAAAUAGUUUUCACACUUUCACAAGAACAAAAAGCCGCCAUUCUUCUCAAGUUAUCAAAUAUUCAUUAUCGAACGGUUGUUACCAGAGUUGAUUAAUAUUUUAGAAAUAUUAAUUAAAAACAGGAGUCGAUAGUCAAGACUAACUUUAAAGUCUAACUUAGUCAUUAAGUAUUUAGAACUUAGGAUACCCUGAAGCGAUAAACGCUGUGUACAAAUAAUAAUUUAAAUUCGUCCAAAGAUAAAAUGGCACAGUUUUCGAUAUUAUGUACCUAGGUACAUUUGCAGUGUUUGCUUUAUAGGACAGCUCGAA